CUCUUUAGAACCGUCUCCGGAAUGUAGAGCUGUGAGCAGAGCAGAGCAGUGACUGUAGAGAGAGACAGUAAAGAGCUGGAGCUGUUCCUCUCUAUAAAGAGUCUGGCCGGAGCUGUCAGAACCACGCCUAUAGGGGCCCACAAUUGGUCCAGAAAGCGUAAAAUCAGCAAUCAAAGGGGCUUGGUUCAUUAGUGUUGGGGAUGGAGGCAGGAAGGACAUGUGAGAUAGUCACAGAUCUGCAGUGAACGCGGCCACAUCUCUCCAGUCAGUGUGGGAUGACUGAAGCAGAGAAACUGUUCAUUUCUACUAGAGGCACACGACGCAGCCGCCGCGCUCUCCCUCCACAGCGCCGCUCCUGCUGAAGGACUCCGGCGGAGGAACCGAAGGAAAAACGCACUAACAACAAUUUCAACAACAACUCUGGGCUAUUUUUUUUCUUCUUCACGCUGAUAACGCGUUGUGACAAGGCGCUGGACUCUUCUGUGCAGCUUAAACAAAUCAAUUGCUCGCGAAUCGCGGACCUACACUGGCUCCAGUUAGGGGGGAAUACCACUAAAAAAUUAUAAACAUCCAUUAUUUCACUUGGUUUUUGUGGAUGCACCGAUGAGAGAUCCAGUUUUCACAGGGACUGCAAUGGCUUAUCACCCUUUCCACGCACACCGGCCAACCGACUUCCCAAUGUCCGCCUUCCUGGCGGCCGCGCAGCCGUCCUUCUUCCCGGCGCUCAGCCUGCCUCCCGGGGCGCUCACCAAGCCCAUCGCGGACCACGGCCUGGCCGCGGCGACGGAGGCUGGGCUCCACCCGGCCCUCAGCCACCAUCAGGCGGCUCAUCUCCGCAGCAUGAAGAGCCUGGAGCCCGAGGAGGAGGUGGACGACGACCCCAAAGUUACACUGGAAGCCAAGGAUCUUUGGGACCAGUUUCAUAAACUCGGGACGGAAAUGGUUAUUACCAAGUCCGGAAGGAGGAUGUUCCCUCCGUUCAAAGUGCGAAUAAACGGCCUGGAUAAAAAAGCCAAAUACAUCCUGCUCAUGGACAUUGUGGCAGCGGACGACUGCCGCUACAAGUUCCACAACUCCCGCUGGAUGGUCGCGGGCAAGGCCGACCCGGAGAUGCCCAAGAGGAUGUACAUCCACCCGGACAGUCCGGCCACCGGCGAGCAGUGGAUGGCAAAGCCUGUUGCUUUCCACAAACUCAAGCUGACCAACAACAUCUCAGACAAGCACGGAUUUACAAUCCUGAACUCGAUGCACAAGUACCAGCCCAGGUUCCACAUAGUCCGGGCCAACGACAUCCUCAAGCUGCCUUACAGCACCUUCAGGACCUACGUGUUCCCCGAGACCGAGUUCGUGGCUGUGACGGCCUACCAGAACGACAAGAUAACACAGCUCAAGAUUGAUAACAACCCCUUUGCUAAAGGAUUCAGAGACACGGGCAACGGCAGGAGAGAGAAAAGAAAGCAGCUGCAGAUGCCGUCUCUGCGCAUGUACGAGGACCAGUGCAAGGCAGACCGGGACGGCGCGGACUCGGACGCCUCCUCCAGUGAGGCUCCGGUGGGCAGAGACGCGGUCCACUCACCGCUGGUCGCCGGUACCAGCCCACUGAGGUUCAGCCGACCGAGUCGAGAUGAAAAAGCGUGCACUGACAGCGAGCAGGAGCUGGAGAAUCCUGACGAGCACUGCACGGCCUCCAACAGUCCAGGACCUGAGCCCGUGUCCCCCUUCAGCUCCAGGUGCGAGGACCGCAUACGUGACAGGCACAGUGCGGAAAAGAAGGACGACUCCGUUUUCAGUAUAAGGAACCUUGAGAAGGACAAAGCAGAGAGCAGGCACAGGAAGGACACCACAGACACACUGACAAAGGACUCAGAGUCUGGAGGCACUGGUGCCAGUAAGGACGUGUUCUCGCCUCUCAUGGUCCAGACUGAAAGUCCCUCACACUUCAGCCCAGGCCACUUACAAAGCCUGGCUCUGUCUGGUCUGCACAGUCAGCAGUUCUUUAACCCUCUGAGCGCCGGAUCACCGCUGUUGUUUCACCCUGGGCAGUUUGCCAUGGCCCCCGGAGCCUUUUCUGCUAUGGGAAUGGGGCAUCUUUUGGCCUCUGUUUCAGGAGCAAGUGUUUUGGAAAAUGGCAGCCUCUCCACCCAGGGCACGGGAGGAACCCCCAACCCUUUCCCCUUCCAUCUGUCCCAGCACAUGCUCGCCUCUCAGGGCAUCCCGAUGCCUCCAUUCGGAGGUCUUUUCCCGUACCCGUACACCUACAUGGCAGCAGCUGCAGCGGCGGCCUCAGCCUCCGCUCUCCCCACCACCAGCACCUCCAAUCCUCUCUCCAGGAAUCCAUUCCUGACUUCAUCCCGGCCUCGGCUCCGCUUUAACCCCUACCAGCUCCCCGUGUCACUGCCUCAGACCUCCAGCCUGCUCACCACCGGCCUUUCCAGCAGCCUCAGUGCGGGCUCUGAAUCCUCCAAACCGGGCAGCAGAGAGACCAGCCCGGCCCCGGAGCACCACAGCAGCCACAAGACAGGAGGGUCAAGUGGGAGAGUUAUGUCCCCAAAAACCUCCCUGAAGGACUCAGUGAAUGAACUGCAAAGCAUCCAGAGACUGGUGAGUGGCCUGGAGAGUCAGAGAGAGCCCUCCCCGACUGCAGACUCUCCUAAGUGAUGAAGAGUCUCCGUUUGAGACAAAGUCUUGGCUUGAAUACCAGAGGACUAGAGGUGCUUCUGUGCUGUACAGCACAUCAUAGACUGGGAUGAGGGGUUGGUGAAGGCUGAGAACUGAUGUGUUUUUGGAACAAAGCUGCAGACUGAGAGGGAUUUGGUCCAUGCAAUUAAAUUGACUUUUUUUAAAUUAAACUUUUUUUAAAAAAAGUAGUACUGAAAGUUUUCCUCCAGAGUGGAAAGCCUGUCAACAGUCUGACUACCAGACACAGAAACUCUUCUCUUGAGUCAGAGCAGGGUGACCGACCAGGAGAAUCUGGAAUAUUGAAGGAUUAAAGGAGUGAGGAUACACAUCAAUUCAAAUAUGGAAAUAAUAAUAAUAAAAAACUAUGUAACACUAAAUAAUCGAGAAAAAAUAUUAUUGAAACAAAAACUCUUGCGUCGCAGAGACAAACACUGAUCAUUUCCACUACAUAAAAUGUACUGAAACAAAUGUGUUUCAUCGUGAUAUCAGAGGUGAGCCAUGCUGAUUCAGAUCAGCCUCACCUGCCUGAGAGUCUGCAGCUCCACAGACUGAACUGAGCACCAGAGAGAGAGAGUGAGAGUGUGUGUGAAUGUGUGAGUGUGUGAGUGUGUAUGUGUGUGUAACUUGAAGCAUUUGGGCCUGGGUUUAACACACAGGACUUCAUCCCUGAGCAGGAGCCUCAUCACAGGUCUCAAGCUUCAUCCCCAAAAACAUUUUUUUUUCUAUUUUUUCCAGGCCUCUGAUUUUUAUUUUUUAUUUUUUUCAAAAGGGAUGGAAAAGUGAAAGUUCCGUCAGCAAAAAAAGAACCGCUUAUCAUUUCAUGCCAGAAAGAUAAAAAACAACAAAAAAAGUUUCUGAAAUAUUUAUGUAAUUAAAAAAACUACAAACAACUGUAAAUAAAGCUAAGAUCCAAGAAUAUGCAAUUGGUAUUAAUUUAUUCAAGGCUGUAUAUUAGCGUGUAUAUAUUUCGAAUUUAACUCGUUGCUUCUUUUUUUCCUCCCCCUCCUCCUCCUGCUCUCAUUUUACAUGACCAUAUACUGUAAAUUAAAGCUAUUUAGCGCUUGUUGGUUUGACAAACUGUAUGAAGCAUCGCUGGGUUUUUGUUUUUAGGAGACGUGUGUGCCAUGUUUUAGUCCGCAUCCACCGACGUACACAGAGGAUCAGAGCGAGAGCUCCACAUAUGGAUUUAAAAACACCUCAGGUUUCUUCACUCCAGCCAGGAGACAUUCAAAGCAAUUCCUCCUUUGGGCGCAUCAUUCAUAUCUAUUCAUAAAUAUAUUUAAAGAUGAAAGUAUCUUGUUUAUGCUGGUUGUCCGGGUAUAUUUUUUUUUCUUUUGAUUGUCUCACAGUUUCAAUAAAAAAUCGUUGUGCU